CCCAAUGAGCAUCUCACGAUAGCGAUCGCUGGCAUCUUGACGCGCCCCCAUCCAGCAGCCCAGACUUGUGAGCCGAAGGCUGCUCCAGCACAACGAUCCACGACUCGAUUGCCUCUGGUUCCACGAUGCCCCCCUCUGCUCCAGUCCCCAUCACGCCCAGCGCUGUCACUAGCGUGUCGGCCAGCACGGCCAUCUCCUCCCCGUCUGUCGAGUGCGAGGGUCAGACAGAGUACUCGCGUACACCCACUACGAAUUCGGGGCUAUAUCUGGCAUCAUCACCGCAUCUCGACGCUCUUGACAGCAUCGCUGCUGGCACAGCUACGACUGCAGCCAUUGCCAAGAACAAUGCCUCCAACCGACCUUGGAUCGUUCAAAAGUACGGCGGCACCUCGGUAGGCAAAUUCUUGCCUGCCAUCUCCCGCACCAUUGCGCCCGAAUUUCUCCGACGCAACAGGCUGGCUAUCGUCUGCAGCGCUAGAUCGACGGGCACGAAAGCUGGAGGGACGACGAGCUUGCUUUUGGCAGCUGCCGAACAAGCGCUGAGCGCCGAGGACGAUACUCCCGAAGCCAGCUUGUCCGGCUCAGUCGCCAGCUUGAGCUCAGCGAGAGAGGGCAGAGCGAGCUUGAGCAGAAACUCGUCCAGAACGGGUGUGCGCACACCUGCUGACUUGCAAGGCGUCACUGCCGGCUUGCAGGCCACGUCUCUGGAAACGGUGUCACAAGCGACGCAGAGCUCGAGCGACAAGACUGUGGAUCGCAUCAUGAGGGAGCACAUCGACGCGGCGAGAUCGAUAGUGACGAAGGAUGCGGCAGCUUUGGAGCAAUUGGAGCUGGACAUACAAGACGACUGCGAAAGGUUGCGGGAUCUGCUGUUGGCCGCAAAGAUCAUCGAGGAAGUCUCGCCAAGGUCGAAGGAUAUGAUCCUCUCCAUCGGCGAGAGGCUUUCAUGCAGACUGAUGGUCGGAGCUCUCGGCGAUGCCGGCGUGCCCGCCGAGCUCAUCGGUCUCGAAACCAUCAUCGACGCCGCUUUCCUGGAGGAGCUGUCGCAGCGAGGCACUGGUACAUCUGGCCAAGCGGAGGGCGCCCUGGAGCAGAGCUUCUACGAGCUGCUGGCCGCAAGGAUUGGGGAGCGCGUGAGCCAAGCGAAUGCCACGCCGGUCAUCACUGGCUACUUUGGCAAUGUCCCCGGCUCGCUCCUUUCUCAGGUCGGGCGAGGCUACACAGACCUGUGCGCUGCUCUGUGCGCCGUGGGUCUGGCAGCUGAAGAGCUUCAGAUAUGGAAAGAGGUGGACGGCGUCUUUACAGCGGAUCCUCGAAAAGUGCCCACUGCUCGCUUGAUACCUGCCAUCACGCCCGAGGAAGCAUCGGAGCUGACAUACUACGGCAGCGAGGUGAUACAUCCAUUCACGAUGGAGCAAGCAAUAAAGCGUCGAGUGCCCAUCAGGAUCAAGAAUGUGGAGAAUCCAACGGGCCUUGGCACUGUCAUAUUUCCUGCCCAGGAGAUUGUUCCUGGGUCUGGCGAUGGCACGAAGCUGAAGCAACCAGAGACUCCAAGCGCCAGCGGAAGCAGUACGCCAUGGGGCGUGUCGUCUGAUGGCGCACCCUUCAAUGUCAUGGUGCCAGCGGCUACGCCGGCAGCUCGAAAAUUGCCUACUGCGGUGACUAUCAAGGAUGACGUCUGGGUGCUAAAUGUGCACUCAAAUAGGAAGACGCUCUCGCAUGGCUUUUUUGCGCGUAUAUUCUCAACGCUGGACAAGCACGGCAUCGUCGUGGACCUGAUCUCCACGUCUGAAGUCCACGUGUCGAUGGCUUUGGCAUCUGGACAACCCGGCCUCAAACGGCCCCGAGCUCUAGACCGGGUCAAGUCGGAGCUUGGAAGCUUGGGUACCGUUAGCGUGUUGAGGGAGAUGGCCAUUCUGAGUCUGGUCGGAACGCAGAUGAGGCACAUGGUGGGCGUGGCUGGCAAAAUGUUCAGCACGCUAGCGGAAGGCAACAUCAACAUCGAAAUGAUCUCGCAAGGAGCGAACGAGAUCAACAUUUCGUGCGUCAUCCAUCAGAAGAGCGCACUCAAAGCUCUGAACCUGAUUCACUACUCUGUCCUCGAGGUCAGUCCCACGCCCAACAAUAGAGAGAGCGGCACUUUUGGCAGAAGCUUCUUCUGAGAAUACUUGUCGCCAGGGUUGCCUGGAGGACACUUCGUUGGCAGUACGAUGAGCGCCGUCGUGGAUGCCAGAGUAGUCCCCUUUCACAAGUCCUUCGUCGGUCACAGCGUAUGUAUGCAAUUUUGAGUAGCGUCACGCCCUUCUCGACGAUUGCACCAUCAAGCCAUGGGAUCUCUUUGCAAUGUCAGCUUCUGCGACGUUUGGGAGCGACUCUGGCUAAAGAAAAUCGUCAAGAGGAACGGAUGGGAAUGAUAGGGCAUUGCAAAGCGCUGACAUCUUUGCGAGGCCACGCCGUUGUACUUUCUCCCUUCUUGCUCUAUGAGCGACGCGCCACCAUGACUCUCUCGCUGCCGUGCUCGUCACGAUUUGCGUUGUGCAGUCGCCCCUGACGAUGUCGCGAGCGUCGAUUGGAGGGCUGGGAGAGGCGUGCGGUCCAAUUGUAUACAUAACCUCUGAUUGACUGCACCUACCGCACAUUCCCGCAUCGCAAUUAAGAGCAG